GUUUAUAAUAACAAUUAAUCCAAUAAUGUUUCACUUCAAUGCAGCUCAAAUCAAAAGAUUUGAUGAACGGUUUGCAACAACUUUGCUGUUACACAAGAGUUGAUAUCCAUUUUAACCUAUAACUUGCUUCGAUUCUGGCCUGGAACUACUCGUACGUGUUUUCAUAGUCUAGCAUUACCAGGAAUUCGUUGCGGUUUAAGCGAAAUUAAUCUAUUUUAAGAGUUUUGACCAGUCGUCAUUUGCAUACGACAAGUUCCUAAAGUUAUGAAAUUUAUAGUCACUUUUACGCGACAUGUAGACAUGCUCAAUUUUUCGGAACUGGUUGCCAUAAUUUUGAUCAUCAUGCUGGCAGAUGCUGCUACUGGUAAGUCAAUUUCGUGCUUUCAAUUGAUACUUUAAACCAGGGGUUGUAAGAUUCUUGUGCAUGGGCUUAUAGUCCAUGCCAUGAGUCGCACAAUUCAUGUAUGGUAUAUAAACAUACUACAAUGGCACAGACAGGGGUUGAUGUUUUAUGGGAUUAUUUACUAUCUUGUUUCUCUGUUCCUUGCUUUAAUUUACACCAUAACGGGCAACUAAAAUUCUGAUAUCGCGGUUUUCAUACCCUGACUUUAUUGUAGCAAACAACUCAGCGGGAUAUUAUUACCAUUUUAUUAGUGUAUUCAACUUCUAAUUAUUAAUCUCGCUGGGGUGUUGGUGCCAGCACGACUGUUGUUCAAAUUAAAAUUAUGCACUUUGCAGUUGUCUUCUUCUUAAAGCCCUGUUUACAUUGGCAAUUUUUGUUGCGAUUUACAGUGCGAUUUUCUUCGAGUACAUAAGAAAUGAUUGUUCUGAGUACAUUUGAGUACAAUAUAUGUGCCCUCAUCUAGACAUUCAUAACCCAUGAGGCAAAAAUUGCUGAAUCCUUAAGCUCUUUCAAAUCGAUAUUGAAACAAAGAAUGAGUUGAAAUUUGCUUGUGCGUAAUCGUGCAGCUAAAAUCACUUGUAUUUUUUUUUGUUAUAUUUUGUAUUUCUUGUAUACAGUUAAUUUUUUGUAAAUAGGUAAUUUCACGCCGCUCAUGGAAACCAGCCUUCCAACGGCUGUUGAGGCUAGCGUGGUUUAAAUAAAGUUUUGUAUGUAUUCAUACAAUAGAAGAAGAAAAUCGCAGCAAACAAUUUCAAGUGUAUAGGGGCAUUUAAAUAAUUUCACCCCAGUCACAUACGAGACGUUUGACUCACCAAACACGCAAUGAUAUCAAAGCGAUUUUGGAGGCCGGUUCCUUGCCGGACUUCUUGUGGAGUGCCCACCCACACUUGCACAAAAUGUCAAAAACUGACUUGGGCUACGUCCAAACUAAUGCGUUUUCGUAGCGUUUUCAUAUUCAAUUGAAGAAAAUAUAUAACAGUGAUCUAAUUAACUGAAACAAUACAAAACGCUAUACGAAAACGGAUUAUCGUUGAAUGAAUUAACCGAAUUAGGGGGUAGUGACAUUAGAAUCAUUAGAUUAAGAAGAGAUACCCGUUACUGGACGUCGAGGGAGAACAUUUUUGGAAGAACUCGAUCUUCUCACAUGUCAUUGAACCGUGAAAUUAUAACCAGACUACUGCAGCAAACCAAACAGCGGUCACAAAGGCGAAAGAUACAAUGUAAAAAUCUCACAACUUGUCAACAAGAUGUGUUCGAAUUCGCAACAGGCUUGUAGCAAGUUUCUCAACAAAUCAACAACUCAUACUGUUAUUUUAUCAAGUUGUUACAAGGUUGUCACUCACAACUUGUUAACAAGUUGUUGAAUUGCAGGACAAUAACAAGUUGUUGAAACAACUAGUAAUAAGCCGUUGACAACUUGUCAACAAGCUGGGAACAAGCAGGACGAACAUAUCCUGUUGACAAGUUGUUGGAACAAGUCUGUUGCAGGUUUGUUACAACUUGUGCGUUUUUACGUGUGUAUAUCUACACCCAAUCAGAGCCAUCAUUAUUAUCAUAAUUACCAUGACAAUUGCCAUCACCAUCAACACCAUAUCACUUUAUUUUCAACCAUGUAUCAACCAUUUGGACACCAACACCCCUAAUAAAGCAAAUAACAUGGUAUUAUAACCUUAACUCUUAAGGCAGUAAAACCACGAGUGAUAUCAAAUUGGAAGGAAGCAUAUCAGAGCACGAUGUCGUUAUUGGCUCGAACGUGAAUCUAACAUGCGCGGCUUUUUGGUCACCAAAAAAAUCAUGUAAUAUAAUGUGGAUAAAAAAUUCCAAACGCUUGGACGAAAAAAUGAAACAUGGUCGACUCCAGUGGCUGCUUGGGAAACAAAUUAGUUUCACGCGUCGAUGUUCUGUGGCAAAAUUUAUGAUACGAAAUUUCAGUUCCAAUGAUGCAGGAAAAUACGAGUGUUUAAGUAUAGACAAAAUUACGUCGUUUCAAACGGAUUCAGAAGAAGGUUCUAUUAUUCAAAUUAAUGCUGGUAGGUGUGCUUCGUUAUGACGCCCAUGAUAAAGUAGGCGCCCAGUAUUCGAUCACAUCGUCCAUGGAAAAACAUAUAGUUCGGCCAGCUGCCGGCUGUACGAACAGCGUCGGAAAUCCUGGGUGGCGGGUUUGUGGUGUGACACACCCACCCAAUGUUUGAAAUUAGCAAUAGUAGAGCAAAUAUUCAAUAAUUCGUUGGCCAAAAAAAAAGAUUCAAAUCAUGUUGAGUACGAACAAAAUAAUGUAGAGGUCCAAUAUACGUCGACCUAUAACCCUAACCCCUAACUAGAGGACCCAACCCUAACCCCUAACUAGUGGACCUAACCAUAACCCCUAACUAGUGGACGUAACCCUAACCAGUUGACCUAGGAAAGGCCCAUCGCUUGAAACGUCGAAGUUCUCCUUGCAUUUUUCAGGUAGUUGUAUUCCUAUUAACCCGCAGCUGACCCAACCCUAACCUCCUUAAUCUAUGACUCCAUCAGUUUGUCGUGUUGAGCAAGAGAUCAUGUGAAUUCUCGAUAACUUCACAUUAUUAAAUAUGCACAUUUGUUUAUUUUAGUGACUUGCUAUCAAGGUUUUUAUUGUCCUAAAACAAAAACAAAAAGUGUGCCAAAACGUUGCCCGACUGGAACAUUUUCUCUCUACAAGAAUGCUACGUCCAUCAAAGACUGUUUGCCAUGCCCCGCUGAUAAGAGUAAGCGUGAACAUUGGAAAAGGAGGAUGGAGACUAAGAUCGUUGCAAUGUUUCAAACUAACUGCCAUUCAAGCUCACUCAUUCAAGGUGAGUCACACCGAUCAGGCAUUAAUGAAUAAGGAUUUUAUACUUUUCCAAAGUCUCAAUAGAUUUCUGUUAACGUUCGUAGUGCGGUUUAUGUGGGACAAUUCAUUACCAGAAAAAUAUAUGGCUGCAGACAGCAGCGUAGGAAAACUCAAGUUCAGUAAUUUUUUGGGAGAGGAACAAAGUAAAGGUUGUCAUUAUAGUGCCAGAGAAUAUUCUGGAAAUCCGGCUAAACUCUCUUUACUUUAGUUUGUCAACUCUAUUUCACUGCCAUAUAUAUCAUAGCCAUUUUUUCAAGCUUUCUAUAAAUUGUUGAUUGGUAUAUAACACAGAUUAAACUUUUGUUGGGAAGUCCAUGCAUAUCCGUAGUUUCAUAGCUUGUCAAGCAAUUUUACAACGGUUCAAAAUAUUGCACUUGCAAUAACCAUUUCUUGUUAUAUCCGGCAUUCGCACUAACGGCCUAUGGUGUAUAAAGAUAAUUCAAAUCAUCCAGAACUAGUUUUUUAUUUUAACUUAUUUGUUUUCACAGGGAAAACGUCCAAUUUAUCUUCGGGUGCGAAAGUUGCCAUUAUUGUGUUACCAGCCAUAGCUACAUUGGUGUUUGUCAUGGGGGUUUUGUACGCUUUUCGCAGAAGGAAAGCGAUGAUAAAAUAUCGCGAGAAAUUACUUAAUUCAUUCAAAGACGUCGAUUAUGGUAAGUUUGAGUUACAGUAAUGCAGUCUUGCCCCUCGUUUUCAUGGGGUUAUUUCCUGUUUCUUGAGGGUUACAGAUCAAGAAGAAACAUGAUAUUUGUGCAACAAAUCGAGUAUAAGGUCUAUUAAAAAAGGUCUCUGAGGGUUAAGCUUAGCAAUCGAUUGAUCAAUUAAAAACAAUCAAUCGACCUAUCCAGUCUCCAUAAAUUAAUCCAUAUCUUUCUUCUCUUGUUAUAGAUCCACUCAAAGUACCGCGAUCAAAAGACGUGUUUGUAUGCUACAGUUCCAAGAAUCGUGAGUGGGUACAUGAAAUUCUGUUUCCAAAACUAAAAUCCCAAAAUUUUAAAGUAUUCAUUGAUUUUGUUGACUUUGAAAUUGGUAAAACGAUAGAUGAUAAUAUUGUCAAAGGCAUUUAUGGAAGUAGGAAGACUUUGUUUAUAUUAUCAAAAGACUCCUUGAAAAGUUUGUACGCUCGCAAGGAGUUGUAUCACGCGUUAGCGGCAGGAAAGACCGGUCAUCAAGUUUUGGUCAUAUUGUACGAGAAAUGUAAAGCGCCUGCAGAGAUUGCGGGCAUUGUGUAUCUGGACUGGACGGAUGAGAAGAAUAGAGACAGAUUUUGGGAAAGACUUUAUAAUGCUAUCAGAAGACCAUUGCCAAACGAAACUGUCCACGUUUAGUUUGGUGAUCAAGGUUGAUAGUCGUCAAACUGUUGUCGAGAGGAAGUGCACGUACUUUAUUUGCUGUAAAUAGUGUCCAACGUAUUAGUCCAGUUAGCUUCAAUUUUUGUUAAAAAGAAUAGACAUAAUGAAAUAACGCAUGUUCAUGCUCGCUGCCAUCCAAUUUUAAAAUAUUUUAGGGAUAACAAAGAUCCAUCAUCCACGCCUAGAGCGCUUUCCAUUGACACGGCUAGACCGGUCAGACCGAUCAAAUUGUUGAAUGGAACACAAAACGUUUGGGCUUCGGACCUAUCUGACCGGAAAAUUUAGAUAACAUUUGAAUGAUGUCCAUUUUCGCUAGAUAUUUGAGAAACAUAGAUCAGAUCUUUCCAUUGAUACAGAGAAAAGAAUUUGGGUCUGACCGGUCUGGCCAUUAAAUGGAAAGCGCCCUAGUUAGCAUAUACGAAUGAUCCAAGGUAACCAAACAUUUCAAUGAUUUAUUUGUCGGAGUGAAUUGGGCGGUAAUACUGGCCAGAAACACGGUUAAUUAACUAUAAAUGAGAUUCAUAGUGAGAUUCAUAAUAUUCAAGAAAAAAUGAAAAAUUAAUAUGCCACGGGAGUUUGAGACGUCGUCCACGAUCUAUUUACAACGGGAGACUACAGACUUUUACGUCUUGCCAGUCUUGGAUGAAAGAAGAUGCGAAAAGUGAUACUCGGCAAAUUAGCUCAGCACCGUACAGUAGAACUUUUCUCAACAAUAAAGCCACUAUUUUCAAGCUAAC